AUGACCAGCGCCGCCCACCCCGCACCGGGCCCGGGCCCCGCACCGGCACCGCCCCAGCUCAGCCCCACACCUCCACCCACCACAGGUACCCGUUACCCGGCGACAGGGAGGGGAGUUUACCUCAGGAUUCGGGCGGUAACGGCGCCGCCCGCUGUUGAGUCGACGCUGAGGGGACGGCGGCGACGUGGUGGUGGUGGUGGCGGCGUCUCUCCCCCGGGAUCCCGGUCACCGAGCGGCCACUGCGUCCAGGUCACACGGUCACCGAGCGGCUACUGCGUCCCGGGCGUCGACGACACGGACCCUCCCUCCUCCAUCCCGGCCCCGCCCGCCGGCACACGGCCGCUACCCGAGCUCCCGGCCUCGCCCGCUCGACGCGCCGGGGCCGGGGCCGGGGCCGGCCUCGCCCUCCUUCGUGCCCGCGCCUUGUGCGCGCUCCCGCCUCGUCAACCCCUCUCCGCGCCCGGGGCGCGCUCCCGCCUAGACCGGCCGGCCCAGCGCGCGGCCGGGGGCUCAGAAGUAAAAGAAAUGAAACAAUCCUUAAGUUUUUCAGGUACGAGCAAGUUCUACCAGGCAGAUGAGAGUGGUGGUGGAGGAGAUCUGGCUGGAUCUUUGUUGCUGAAAGGAAAGGGCUUUAAGGCCUUCCUGUAUGGGGGGCAGAGUGUACAACGACGAGGCAUCCAUGGUGAAGAUGUGGCAGUGGGGGCCAGGGACUUGAAAAAUGUCAAAAUGAUGGAUGAAUUGAAAGGUGCAAUGUCAAAGGACGAGGUUAAAGACAAAACACUCAAGAUGGAUAGCAAGGAUGAGGAAAGUAAAACUUUAAAGAAAGUUUCAUCACCUCAGCACAAGUCAGAGAGACAAUUGAGGAGCAGGAAACCAAAAAAUAACAUUGCAGAAAAUAACCUGAACAAGAUGAACAAGGAGGACGAUUUAAAGAUGCAAGUAAACAAAGAAAUUAAAGUUGAAAAAAAUGAGAUCUGUGACAAGAAUGAAAAGAAAAUUCAAGGAAACAUGUUGAAGAGAUCCUCGUGUCAGGAAUCCUUUGAAGAUAUGCUCUUGGAUAUGGAUGAACAGCUCAAAGAAUUCUGUGCCAAAAAACAAAAAAAUAAGAAUAAAAAAUUCAAAAAAAGGGAAAAGAUAUCUUCCAAUCAACCACAAGACCAGAAAGAAAGUAGUCUCAAUAGUAGAUCAGAUAAUGAACUGGAAGCAGGCAUUGGUGAUCAAGAUGCAACUGAAAAAAUAACAACUGGAAAACUAACGAGCAAAGAAACUCCAGAGAGGGGAGAUCACUUUGUGGAGGAGCCUAAUGUGAAUAUGCAAACAGAGCCAGUCAGCUCUGAGGAAGAUGGUGAAAAUCCAGAAAGCGAGCAAGUAGAGAAGAACGAUGAACAUGCUGAGGAUCCUUCUACAAAGCUGGUUGAGGACCAAGAUGUGGAUGAAGAUGGAUUUCCUGUUGAAUGUGCUAAGAAAAGGGCUCACUGUGAUGUCAACUCUAACCAACGAAAGAAUGAAGCCAAGCGGAUCAAAAUUGAGAAAGCUGAGGAGGAAGAUGAAAUUCCUGAGACGUCAUAUGGUUGCAAAAGGCAAGGAAAAAAAUCUGUGAAGCAAAGAAAGGAUGUGAAAAAUAGAGGCAAAGCAAAAGGGAAAAAGGAGAAAAAAACCAAGCACCUAAAAAAAGAAGAGGAAAAGAAUAAGAAAGAAGAAGCUAAAUGGAAAUGGUACGGUUAA